CACUCGCAGCGCUGGGAUAACACACACACUCGCAGCGUCUUCUUCAUCAGGAUCCGCUUCACUGAGAUUCACCGCUGGAAAACAGAAGAAUAAGAGGAAGACAUGAAUCAGACGGCUGGAGUGUCCAACCACUGCCACAGGCGCUCAUCCAUCGACGUGAAGGAUGUGGGAAGUAUGUCGUCUGAAAUGAACUGGAAGGGUGUGGGAAUCUCACUUCUGGUCAUUGCGUUUGUGCUGUCGUUGAUCGGUCUGGCCAUCUUCCUGCUGUCUACAGGUGAUGCUCACCACACUCUGGGAUCCUGUCUGACCCUGGAUGACCUUUUCUCCAGUGAGCUGCAGGAUCAGGAUCUCGAAGCUCAGUGGGUUUCUGAUUAUCGGCUCGUCUACAGGGACCAAGACGGAGAUCUGAAGAUGCUGAACAUGGAGAGCAAUCAGACCGAGGUCAUGAUGACAAACAGCACAUUUGCGGUGUUCAAGGCCUCCAAGCUUUCCGUGUCACCAGACCUCAACUACGUGUUACUGGCGUACGAUGUCAGAAAGGUGUAUCGAUACUCCUACCUGGCGUCUUACUUGAUCUACAACUUACAAACACGUGAAGUGCAUGAACUGAAUCCUCCGGAGGUCUCUGAUUGUGUUCUACAGUUUGCAUCAUGGGGGAAUCACGGACAACAACUGGUAUACAUAUUUGAGAAUAACAUCUACUAUCAGCCAGAAGUGAAGAGCAGUUCUCUAAGACUGACGUCAUCGGGGCAAGAUGGCCUCAUAUUUAAUGGAAUAACUGACUGGCUUUAUGAGGAGGAGGUCCUGCAUUCUUCAGGCGCUCACUGGUGGUCUCCAUCAGGAUCCAGUCUGGCAUUUCUCACCAUCAAUGACACUCUUGUCCCCAAAGAGCAGCUUCCACGUUUCACAGGGACGCUUUAUCCUCGUGGACAUCAGUAUCCGUACCCGAAGGCUGGACAGGCAAAUCCUGAAGUGACACUGAAUGUGGUCAGUGUGAACGGAUCCACACACACUACACAACUCCUGCCUCCCGUCAGCUUACAGAGAAGCGAGCUCUAUAUCAGCAUGGUGCAGUGGGUGACUGACGAGUGUAUCGCUGUACGCUGGUUAAACCGUCCCCAGAACGCCUCCAUUCUCACACUGUGCUACACACACACGGGGAAAUGUGUGGCGAAGCAUGUCAUGACAUCAGACACAUGGAUUGACAGACAGAAUGAAAAACCAGUUUUCUCUAAAGAUGGAGCAACAUUUCUCAUGACAUCUCCACUCAGAAGCGGAGACCGAGGAUCCUUCAGACACCUCGCCAUGAUGUCAGAGCAGCCUGAAGGUGAAGAGGUCAGCGUGCGUCACCUGACCUCAGGCACCUGGGAGGUCACCGAGAUCCUGACCUACGAUGAAAAGAGGGAUACAGUAUAUUUUCUCAGUACAGAGGCUGGGUUCAGUCACAGGCACCUGUACAGGGUGAGCACGGUGGAUCCGUUCCAUCGCGAGUGCUUGAGCUGUUCUUUGUUUAAACCUCACUGUUCAUUCUACGAAGCCUCACUGAGUCCACAAGGUCGAGCUGUGCUGCUGAACUGCAGGGGUCCAGGAAUCCCCCAAACCACUGUGCACCUUCUCAGUGACAUGAGCGAUCAUGUGACUCUAGAUGCUCGUCUGAAGACCAGAGAAUUAUUCAGAAAGAAACGACGUCCAGUUAGACAAAUCAGGACUUUACAGAUUAACAACCAGGCACUGAGAGUCGAGCUCAGCUUCCCUCCACAGUUUGAAGAGAGUAAGCAGUACCCUCUCCUGCUGCUGCUUGAGUGUGGUCCCGGCUGCCAGCAGGUGAACGAGCGCUUUCGUCUGGAUUGGGCCGAUGUGCUGGUGGGCUGUGAUGGUGUGAUUGUGGCGCGGGCCGAUGGCAGAGGGAGUGGCUUUCAGGGCCAGCAGAUUCUCCAGGGCGUUUACAAGCGUUUGGGACUCGUGGACGCAGACGAUCAACUCUCGGUUUUAGAGCAUCUGGUGAAGCAGCCGUACAUCGAUGGAGGCAGAGUCGGGGUUUUUGGCAAGGUGUACGGUGGAUUUCUGAGUUCGCUUCUGCUGCUCUCUCACAGUUCUGCUCUCCGCUGCGGCGCUGCCAUCACUCCAGUGUUCGACUGGCAACUCUACGCUUCCACCUUCACAGAGAGAUACUUCGGCUUCCCCAUACAAAAUGAGCUCAAAUACAAGAUCUCCAGCCUCCUGCCGAACAGCUCGCGCUCCGACGAGUUACGCUUCCUGAUUCUACACGGCACAGCGGAUGCGAACGUUCAUUUUCAACAAACUGCAGAACUAGUGAAGCUGCUGUCUGUGAUCAAUGUAAACUACAGGUUACAGAUCUUCCCCGAUGAGGGUCAUGAUGUCAUCAGCAGACGCUACAUGCUGAACUCGCUCAUCGCCUUCUUCAGAGAGUGCUUCCAUGACAACGCACCUGUUCCCACAGAAACCAGUGACCUCGACGAUGACGACUAGCAUCAGUCGCACCAGGGGAAAUUCGCCUGCCGACCAGCUCUCCAAUCUUUGAGCCGAUCAGAUCUAAAGGCAGAGACAGAGAGAC